CCAUAAAGAAAAACGGACGUUGCUUUACAUUCUCAUUGCUCAUAAACAUCACCACCUAAAUCGGCAAAAACUAAAUUUAUUUAUUUCCUCUUCGGAUUCUCUUUCUAUAGAAAUUUUAUUUAUUAUUUUAUGGAUUCUGUUUAUUAAUUUGUCAUCAUCAUCAGAAUGAGAAACUCACCGCCCAAUUUAUAAAUUCCUCCAUCUCCUACACUCCACUAAUUCUCUUCCUCCAUCAACCAAUCUCACAUUAUUCUCUGUUUGUUCUUCAUUUCCACAAGUUAUUGGAGAAGAAGAUGAAACAAUUACGCGUUAUCGUCGAAGAAGCUUUUGUGUAUGAUGAAGAGAAACAUCUCACUGUUAUGAAAACUUCUCUCUUCUUUGCUGGCGAUGGCUAUACUGUCUACGAUUGCAAAGGCGAGCUCGUUUUCAGAGUCGAUUCUUACGGUCCGGAUGCGCGUGAGAAGGAUGAAAUCGUUCUCAUGGAUGCCCAAGGCAAGUGUUUACUCACUGUUCGUCGGAAGAGGCCGAGUCUACAUCACCGAUGGGAAGGAUACUUAGGGGAGAGAACAGAAGGACAGAAGCCAAUCUUCAACAUGAGACGUUCAUCAAUAAUCGGACGGUCAAGCAUGACGGUGGAAGUGUUGAAGGAUUCCGGCGAUGAGUACCAUAUCGAGGGGUGUUUCGGUAAUCGGCAUUGCACGAUCUUCGAUGCGGCGAAGGAACCAAUGGCUGAGAUUAAACGCAAAGUAGAUGCUUCUACUAACGUGGUGCUUGGGAAAGACGUUUUCUCUCUCAUAAUCAAGCCGGGAUUCGAUGGUGCCUUCGCCAUGGGUUUAGUGCUCGUUCUUGAUCAGAUCAACGGUGACACUUUUGACGAUGACGGUAGUGAAAUGGAUCCCACGGCAGAUGAUUAGUCCCUUUCGAUUCUUUUGAGUUUCUCUUUUUAGAAAUAAUUUUGUCCGUUGAUUAGGAAAGCCCGUAGGGGCCAAUGCAUAUCAUAUGGUUUCUUUCCUUUCUCUUCUUAGUAUAUAUAUUUGUAUCGUUAGUAAUAUCAUAGAGACGUACGGUUAAUAAUUAGUGAAAUAAUACUAUGUCUAAUUUAGUUUAAAUUUGUUAA